AAGGAAAAGCCAAAGAAAACAAAUGUGAAUUAGUUGGUUAAAUCUUUUUUUUUCUCGAAUAGAAAGACAAAACUAUUCAACAAAAACGCUGUCGUAUCUUAGUGGACGUCUCCGUCGUAAAUGGCCAUGGGGGAGCCAAAGCCAAGGGUAAGCGGUGCUUCUUCCUCCACCGACUCAUAUUCAACCCCUUCAGCGUCUCCCACACCAACUCCAGCUCCACGUCAGCCCGUCACGUUACUCGAACCAUCUCACCAACACAAGAAAAAAGGCAAGAAAGUCUUCCGUGUCUUCCGCUCCGUGUUUCGUUCUUUCCCGAUCAUCACCCCGGCGGCUUGCAAAAUCCCGGUCCUCCCGGGCGGUAGCUUACCCGACCAGCACCGAAGCGGGUCAAGCGGGUCAAGAGUCUCGGGGACCUUGUUUGGAUACCGUAAAGGCCGCGUAAGCCUCUCAAUUCAAGAAAACUCUAAAUGUUUACCGUCUCUCGUCGUCGAGCUAGCAAUGCAGACAAUGGUGCUACAAAAGGAGCUGAGCGGAGGAAUGGUUAGGAUCGCUUUAGAGACGGAGAAACGAGCUGACAAAGAGAAGGUUAAGAUAAUGGACGAGCCGCUAUGGACAAUGUAUUGUAACGGUAAGAAAACAGGGUACGGUGUGAAACGUGACGCGACGGAGGAAGAUCUUAACGUGAUGGAGUUGUUGAGACCGGUUUCGAUGGGUGCUGGUGUUUUGCCGGGGAACUCGGAGGCUGAAGGACCUGACUCGGAGAUGGCUUACAUGAGGGCUUACUUUGAGCGUGUCGUUGGGUCUAAAGAUUCAGAGACAUUUUAUAUGUUGAGUCCCGAAGGGAACAAUGGACCAGAGCUUAGUAUCUUCUUCGUAAGAGUUUGAUUUGAUGUAAUGGUCGGAGACAUUGUUGUGGAACGUUCUUGAUUGUAUAUGGACGGACGGUGGCCGGGACGGAGAUAGAUCUCGGUUUGUGGAUUCAAACGUGAUUAUAUAUGAUCGUUGCAUGAUAUGUGUGCAUAUGGGACGUAUUCUUUAGGAAUGUGAUGUAUUAUUU